GUAAUUAUGAAGAGUGGAGAAGUGUGGAGCUUUCCUGCUUUAGGGGAAAAGAUUCUUUGGAUGGGAAGAGACCUUGAGAAGACCUCUAGUUUGUCCUGCAACUUCAGUCAAUAUCCCACUUAAAUCAUCCAGGUAAUAGAGAAGAGGAAACCUAAUCAAUGGCAGUGGAAUAAUAUGGAAGAAGAUGGAAAAAACUUGUUUAAUGGGUUGAAAGAGUGGAGCCUUCUCUAAGACAUGGAUAGAUGCAAACAUGUCGGGCGGUUGCGGCUCGCCCAGGACCACUCCAUCCUGAACCCGCAGAAGUGGUGCUGCAGGGAGUGCGCCACCACCGAGUCCGUGUGGGCUUGUCUCAAGUGCUCCCACGUGGCCUGCGGCCGCUACAUCGAGGAUCACGCCCUGAAACACUUCGAGGAGACUGGGCACCCGCUGGCCAUGGAGGUCCGGGACCUGUACGUGUUCUGUUACCUGUGCAAGGACUACGUGCUCAACGAUAACCCGGAGGGGGACCUGAAGCUGCUCAGGAGCUCCCUCCUGGCGGUCAGGGGCCAGAAGCAGGACCCGCCGCUGAGGCGCGGGCGGACGCUGCGGUCCAUGGCCUCGGGCGAGGACGCCGUCCUGCCGCAGCGCGCUCCUCAGGGACAGCCGCAGAUGCUCACGGCUCUGUGGUACCGGCGCCAGCGCCUGCUGGCCAAGACGCUGCGGCUGUGGUUCGAGAAGAGCUCCCGCGGCCAGGCGAAGCUGGAGCAGCGGCGGCAGGAGGAGGCGCUGGAGCGAAAGAAGGAGGCGGCGCGGCAGCGGCGGCGCGAGGUGAAGCGGCGGCUGCUGGAGGAGCUGGCCAGCGCCCCUCCGCGCAAAAGCGCGCGCCUGCUGCUGCACGCGCCCCGCGCCGCCGCCCCGCGCCCCGCCGCGCCGCGCGCGCCCGCCGGGGGCCGCCCGCCGCCGCGCCGCGCGCCCGCCAUGGCGCCGGGCGUCACGGGCCUGCGCAACCUGGGCAACACCUGCUACAUGAACUCCAUCCUGCAGGUGCUCAGCCACCUCCAGAAGUUCCGCGAGUGUUUUCUGUACCUCGACCCUUCCCAGACCCAACAGCUCUUCCCCAAGGCCCCCAACGGGAAGGCCCCGCUCUCGGGCAGGCCGGCCGCCGCGGCCGCGGAGCUGUCGGCCAGGAGCGGCGGGGCCGAGGCGUGCGAGCGCGAGGGCCUCUGCUUCAACGGCGGGGCCUCCAUCAGCAGGAGCCUAGAACUCAUACAGAACAAGGAGCCGAGCUCGAAGCACAUUUCCCUCUGUCACGAGCUGCACACCCUCUUCCGAGUCAUGUGGUCCGGGAAGUGGGCCCUGGUGUCCCCCUUCGCCAUGCUUCACUCCGUGUGGAGCCUGAUCCCCGCCUUCCGUGGCUACGACCAGCAGGACGCGCAGGAGUUCCUCUGCGAGCUGUUGCACAAAGUGCAGCAAGAGCUCGAGUCUGAGGGCACCACGCGCCGGAUCCUCAUCCCCUUCUCCCAGAGGAAGCUCACCAAACAGGUCUUAAAGGUAGUGAACACCAUAUUCCACGGGCAGCUACUCAGUCAGGUCACAUGUAUAUCAUGCAAUUACAAAUCCAAUACUAUUGAGCCCUUUUGGGAUCUGUCCCUGGAGUUCCCUGAACGGUAUCACUGCAUAGAAAAGGGGUUUGUCCCUUUGAAUCAGACAGAGUGCCUGCUCACUGAGAUGCUGGCUAAGUUCACAGAGACAGAGGCUCUGGAAGGGAGAAUCUACGCUUGUGACCAGUGUAACAGCAAACGACGAAAAUCCAAUCCCAAACCCCUUGUUCUGAGUGAAGCUAGAAAGCAGUUAAUGAUCUACAGACUACCUCAGGUCCUCCGGCUGCACCUUAAAAGAUUCAGGUGGUCUGGCCGUAAUCAUCGAGAGAAGAUUGGGGUCCAUGUCGUCUUUGACCAGGUAUUAACCAUGGAACCUUACUGCUGCAGGGACAUGCUCUCCUCUCUUGACAAAGAGACCUUUGCCUAUGAUCUCUCCGCAGUGGUCAUGCAUCACGGGAAAGGGUUUGGCUCAGGACACUACACAGCCUAUUGCUACAACACAGAGGGAGGUUUUUGGGUCCACUGCAAUGACUCAAAGCUGAAUGUAUGCAGUGUCGAGGAAGUGUGCAAAACUCAAGCCUACAUCCUUUUUUACACUCAAAGAACAGUUCAGGGCAAUGCAAGAAUUUCAGAAAACCAACUCCAAGCUCAGGUGCAGUCCAGCAACAACGAUGAGGGCAGACCACGGCCCUUCCACUGAAUGGGAGGCAUGUUUCAAGGACUGGCUUGCUUUUAAAUUGUUGGUGUUUAUACAUCUUUCCUCUUACAGGAAGUAAGGUUUAGUGCAGGAACAGAAUACUAAGUUUGCCUCACUGGGACUACAGCAGAAGGUGCCAGCCAGGUGACUCAUGUCUUAUCCUAAAAUCUGUAGUCACUUCCUUUUGAAUGGAUUGGGAAUUCCCUCCUUUGAUAAAACAAAUCAAAAGGAGUAACUUCUAUGAAGAUUCUUUCAUCAGUUGCUUCUGAAUAUAGAGGAUCUGGGUGGAGGAAAGAGGGGGUAAAUUGAUCAUAUGUAGCCAGGAGAGCAGCCAUGUUUUCUUUCCAUUAUGUGAUCCCCCCGCUAAUCAGGAUCUCCUUGCAGCCCCAGAAGAACCCUCCUGAUGUGAGCAGCCCUGGACAGAGCACAUGAAGGGGUGGGGGCAGGGGCCUGGGCUGGCAGCUUGCCGGAUGGAAUUGGUUCCAAGGCAGGAGAUGAAUAAUAAGGAUUUGUUCCCACAAAGGAAGUAACCCUCAAAGGUUGAAAACUUGCAGACUUCCUUUUUUAGGGGAUAGCAGUAGAAGAGCGGAAUGAGAUGCAUAGAGCAAAUUUCCCCAUGCAAAAUGGGAGGUUUUUCAAGUCUCCUACCUUCCCUGGCUAGUGCCAUCAUUUGAUCAUUCCACAUCAUCCAAGACUGGCAUGAACAUCCCUUCAUUCUGAAGAAGGAGCAGUUCAUAUGGGGAAGCAAUAAACUGGCAGAUGACCUGUUCUUUGUUGCAUGCUGAGCCUAAGGGUAUCUCUGGCUGCCCAGUUCCAUAGCAUAUCCCUGGUUCAGGUGUAGGGCAAGCACAUGGUUUGGUUUAAACUGGUCUUUAGGUCAGUUGUCCAAGGCUGUCUCAGAACUCAGUUGAGGGUAGGCAAGGAUGCCUGGCAGUCCCAGUCUUAUCUGAAUGCCCAUCACCUGUUCUUGUCUUGGUGCAGGGUGCAGCUUUUCUUAGCCUGCAGCUUCUUUCUUGCACCUGGAGGGUCAUAACAUUCUUGUUUGGGAACUUCUGCUUUCCUAGGGCUUAGGAAUCUGCCCUCUUACAUCCAAACAGUUCAUUGCUGCUGUCCCUGGCCUGUUUCCUCCCCAAUUUGAUAAUCCCUGUUUCUUUACCCACCUGUAUUCAGCCCAUUGGAGGGGGGCGGGGGGGAAGAGUGCCCUGUUCUUUACUUAAGUGCUAGUAAAAUACAUCUUUCUUUUUAUAGCGGUUAAGUUUGUAAGUGGAAUGAAACUGCCCAGAUGGAAACCCUCCUCCCCAUCAGAGACCACUGAAUUUACCUUCUCACUCCUGCAGUUAGAUUCACCAGGAACAGCAAAUGCCAACCAGAACUGUCACUGCAGGGGCUGCUGCAGCCUGCCUCAGCCAUCAGUAUGAAGCUGAGUGUCUCAUAUUAAGGUUUCAGUUCAGGUAGCAGUACUGUUGUCACUCAAAGGAAGCAGAUAUGG